AUGGAUGAUAGAAAGGAUGAAAUGUAUUUCUCCGCAUUCCACAUGAUUCAUGUAGAUGGAACCGAAGAUUAUUUAUUAUCAACAGAUGUCAAACCUCAAGAAAACCAUGAUUUUCACUAUAAUCCUCCGACUCUUCAACAGGCAAGUGAAAUAUCAACCAAUCAAUCGCUUUCAGAAGAAGAACCAACAAACCCAUUGGCGCUCAAUCCUACGAAUUCGCUAUUAGCUAGAUCCAGUUUUCAGAAUCCGUUUUUGUCCUCUCGCUUUCAAGCAGAUACAGUAGCUUACAAUCACGAAUUUGGGUAUCCACCAUCAUUUUCUCGUCAGUAUUCAUUUUGGAGCAAACCUCAUCUGGACUACAAAGUGAGAGAUCGAUCUCUUGAUAUGGUUUAUGAGAAAAAAAGCUGCUACUAUCUCUUCGAAAUACAGUUCAAACGGAAUACCAAACUAUGUAUGGGCUCCGAAGAUGACUCUGUAGUUGAUAUUGGAGAUUAUGUUUGUGUAACGGGAGAUCGAGGAGUGGAUAUGGGGAAAGUGGUCAAUCGGAAAAUUUGCAUCCGACCUCCGAGCAAUCAGCCAAUGCCAAUAGUCCUCAACAAAGCAAAUCAAAUAGAAGUGAGUCUGCUAAGAGAUCAAAGACGAGAAGAGAAGUGUGUCGUGCGUCUUUGUACACAGAAAGCACGUCAGCAUAACAUGGAUAUAGUGGUUGUUGACGCAGAAUUCCAAUACGACCGAAAGAAAUUGACGAUUUAUUACUUCAGCAACUCCCGAAUUGAUUUCCGAAGCUUUGUGAAAGAAUUGUACUCUAUUUACUACGCCCGCAUUUGGAUGGAAAACAUAAAAGCUGCCCAUGAAGGAGCGUGA